GUUAUAAUCAGUAUUAUGUUAUGUAAAAACUAGAUAGUACUGUCACUAGUAUUUUUGAUAUGGAUAUCGAACAACUAGAAAAACAGGCUAAAGCUACGGCAGCUAAACAUGUAAUUAAUAUGCUACAAAGACCAGGGCAGCUAGAAAAGGUGGAACAAUAUAAAAGAAGGGUGACUAGAAAAAAAGUAUCAGUUGAAGCAAUGCUAAAAACGACAAUGCAGAGUCAAUUAGAUGGGGUCUGUGUAGGGUUGAGCCAAUUGUCUAUUGCACUGCAAGAAAUACAAGAAAUUAAGUCUAAUCUUAUGACUGUAAACAACUUACUUCAAGAUUUGCCAGAAUUAGUUAAAAAACUACAAAGUGUUCGAUCUCAAAAUCGACAACAUUCACAGUAUAUGACAGCAGUUGAUAAUUUGAAAAAUUUGUUUUCAGUACCAGAAAGUGUAGAAAAAACAAAGCAAUGGAUCAAUGAAGGGAAACUAUUGUUUGCUCACCAUAGUUUAAGCGAUUUGGAAAAUUCCAGAGAUGAUCUGCUUUAUGAAUUGCAUAAAGUUCCAAACCAAGCACCUGCUGAUAAGAUAUUACUGAAAGCUUGGUUUGAAGAUGUUGAAGCUGCCUCUCAGUUACUAGAAAAACAAUUAAGGCUUGUCCUGUCCCGAACUCUUAAUACAGUCCGUAAAGAGCCAACUAUUAUUGUUACUGCUUUAAGAAUAAUUGAUAAAGAAGAGAAAAAGGAUGUUUUCGCUCUUCAGAGACAAAAGCAAAGUGGUUUCAUUGCUCCAGGAAGACCUAAAAAAUGGAAAGAUAUGGUGAUGGAAGUUCUAGAAAAAUCAGUAGACCAGAGGAUUGAAGGAACACAGGUGGAAGAAAGAUCUAGUAACAAAAUGUGGCUUGUUGUACAUUUAGAGUUAACACGUCAGUUACUUUUAGAAGACUUGAAGGUUGUGAAAACACUUUGUGAGCCUUGCUUUCCACCUCAUUACAAUAUUGUCCAUAGAUUUGUGUCUAUGUAUCACAAUUCUUUAUCUAAACAUCUUGAAGAAAUAAUUAGUUAUGGUUUAGAAGGAAAUGAAUAUGUGUCAAUGCUCUCCUGGGUUGUUAAUACAUAUUUUGGUCCAGAACUAAUGAAACAUACUGAUUUGAAUAUAAACACCAAUUCUCUGGAGCCUCUUCUGUCAAGAAAAAUCAUAAACAAUUUACAAUUUCAAUACUUGAAAAAUAUGGAGGACAACUACACAGAAUGGAUGAAGAAGACUUUGCAGACAGAAACUAAUGACUGGAGUGCUGGAAUACCUUCUGAAGCUGAUCAAGAAGGUCAUUUUCACACUGCAGCUCCUGUGAUUAUUUUUCAAAUGAUCGAUCAGAACCUCCAAGUUACCAAAACUAUAGGGCAAGAUCUCACUGAUAAAGCUUUAAUUUUAAGCAUGAAACAAGUUAAGCAGUAUGGGCAUUUGUAUAGAAAUGCUAUAGUCGAAUUUAAAACAAGGCAUUUUGAAGACAGAAGUCAAGUGCUUUAUUUUACUCAUUACAUGAUUACAAUUGUUAACAAUUGUAUGUUGUUUGUUGAGCUUGCCCAACAAAUGAAGCAACAUUAUUGGAGGUCUGAUUUGACAAAUAAUGAAUCCUCUAUUAUAUUUUCGUCUUUAUUAAAAACAUUUCAAGACCUAAGAGAUGAAGCUGUUCAAUGGCUUCUGGAUGAAGCAUUUCUUGAUUUGGAGUCUCAUUUUCAAGAUCUUAUUACUGCAAAGUGGGUCAGUAGUUCAAUUCCAAUUGAUACGGUCUGUGUCACUUUAGAAGAUUAUUUCCAAGAUUAUGUUCAUUUGCGUGCUAAAAACUUUGAAUAUGUUAUAACUGAAGCAGAAAAUCUUGUAGCCAGAAGGUACAUUUCAGCAUUAUUUCAACGAAAAAUUUCUUUUCGAACUCAUGAUGAUCGUAAAGCAGCUGCUACUAAAAUAAUAAAAGAAGUUGAACAAUUAAAGGUUUUUUUCAGCAGAAUUGCACCAAAAGUAGCAGAGAGAGUUGAUACUCCAUUCGAGGCUAUUCGCUCACUUGCAGAAAUAUUAAAAAGUGAAGAUUCUGAAAUUAUAACUCUUGAUAUACACACACUACGUGAUAAAUAUCCUGAUAUCAAAGAGGACCAUCUUUUUAGAUUUCUGUGUUUAAUGGGCGAUUUAAGCAGGUCAGAAAUAAAAAACUUGGUAACAUUUUAUCUUGACAGAAAAGAUCAAAAAACUAAUCUAUCGAGAAGUAUAUUUGCAAAUAUUGUUCUGUAGAUUUUUGGAUUGAAUUUUAAUGAAAUAAACAUUAAUGGAAGUGCAUCAUGUUCGAAAACAUUCUUAGCAUUGAGUUGAAGUUUAAAACAAGAAUUUCAAAAGAUUUCAGCCAAAUAUUGAUAAUAUCAUAUUAAUGAAAUAAUAU